AUGUCUUCCAACCAGCCAGGUAUCCCGUUGAAAAUCACAGUCAUCGGCGGUGGGAUGGCCGGCCUUUCAUCAGCAAUAGCGCUCUCAGACAUAAAUCCCAACCACCGGAUUACAAUUCUAGAAUCAAACGCCUCUCUCAGCGAGCUGGGCGCUGGACUGCAACUCUUCGCAAAUAGCACCCGCAUUUUACACAAAUGGGGCCUAACUCCGACCUUGGAAAAGGUUGCUUUCCAAUCGUCUCACCUGUCUAUUCGCCGCUGGGAAGAUAAUUCAGAAUUGACCUUCAACAUGAACAACCCAUCCAGCACAUGGCUCUACGGUUGGCCCCAAUAUCAGAUCUACCGGCCAGACCUGCAGAAAUCGCUCUUCGAACGAGUCAAAGAGUUGCCAAAUGUAUCUGUUUUAUUUUCGAAGUCCGUUAAAUCAGUGGACGAUAAGACUGGUACUGUCUGUACAGUAGACGGGGAGCUUUUUGAGGCCGAUCUUACGGUCGCAGCAGAUGGAAUUUGGUCUCGAGCUAGACGAUGCUUGCCAGCGUCAAAGGAUAUUUCCCCAACCGCUUAUCGCGAGCAUAACUACCGUGCUGUGAUCCCGCGGUCGCGGAUGCUCUCUAAUACCCUUACUGCACCAUUCAUGGCUUCCCCGGAGGCAAAACUAUGGGUGGGGCCUGAGGUAUUUGUAUUGGGAUAUACAGUUGCGUCAAAGGAGUUAUACAAUCUUGUUGUUGGUGUCCCACGGCCGAGCGAAGGAGUACCUGUUGGGGCUUGGAAUCACCCUGCCAACAUUGAGACAAUGUGCGGGCUUGUAUCUGAGUGGUGUGAGGAAGUGCGAGCGCUGACGUCUCUCGUUCAAGAGGACUGCGUUUCCUGGACUUUGGGCGAGGUGCCUCCUAUUCCAAGCUAUGUUAGUACAUCUGGAAAAGUAACGUUGGUUGGGGACGCGGCGCAUGCUCUUCUUCCUCACGCUGCGCAGGGAGCCGGAAUGGCUUUCGAGGAUGCGGCAAGCUUGGCGGAAUUUGUGGGUCAUUUGAAAUCGGGAGAUGCAGAGGAAUUGUCGAAGGUGAUGAGUGGUUGGAGUCAGUUUAGACAGGCUCGUGUCGAUCAUCUACGCAGUAUCAGCCGUGGCACUGCCAGUGACAUGACACUGUCAGAUGGAGAGCUUCAGAUUGCGCGUGAUUUGAAAUGGAACACUAUUCGCGAUAUGCAGCGGGCACAGUGGGCUGAGCUUGGAGAAGAGAAGAUUAGAGAGAGAAUGAUACGGGAGAAAGCCACCCCUGAUCCAGCUUGCACGAGCACGUUGGAGCCUGGUGGUAGAAUGUGGGUCAAUGGAUAUGAUGUUACUGAGGAAAGUAGGAGGUUCUGUCGCGAGCAUCUGGGAUCAUGGAAAUGA